ACAUCCAACAUCUUCCACGCAGACGCAGUAGCCUGAAGUCGGCGGGUUAAUUUUACCCUUUUGCACGAUUCUCGACUCGAAGAGGCCGCAGCAAACUUCAGAAAGGACUUAAAAAUGGAUCCCGAAAUGUUUCUCGACAUUGCUAACCAAGUGACAAAGCUAAAAAUGUAUCCGUAUUUCGACAUCGCACACUGUGUGAUAACGUGCCUUUACCUUCGAGAAGACUUGGGUCCCGGGGCCCAUGUGUUCUCCAGAAAACACCCCCUCUCCUGCUGGAUCACUGCCAUGUUCUCCAUCUUCGCUGGGGGCAUCUUUGCAGCAUUUCUUCUGGGUGAACCUAUCCUUGGCAUUUUUAAGAACAACCAGCAACUGCUGCUGGCUACUGCUGUCUGGUAUGCAAUUUUCUACUCCCCGUUUGACUUGGUCUACAAGGUCUGCAAGUUCUUUCCUUGCAAGCUCAUAAUUGCACUCAUGAAAGAAGUAACAAGGUGCAAAAAGGUGCAUGAUGGUGUCGUGCAUGCAGCGAAGGUCUACCCCAAUGGCUACCUCAUAAUGGUGGUGGUUGGUGUUGUCAAAGGUAAUGGGUCAAGCUUCCUCAAAGUGUACGAGCGACUCCUACGUGGAUUCUGGACGCCAACCAUGAUGGAAAUCAUGCAGCCUGGAUUCCCAACCAAAGCGUGUCUAGUAGCUGCAGUCAUAUUUGUCGUCGACAAAAAGACGACUCUGAUCUCUGCUCCACACGCCCUCGUCUACCUGGGUAUAGUCGUCUUCCUGCUCUACUUCAAGCUGUCUGCCAUGUUGCUCGGAAUCCACGACCCGUUCGUUCCGUUCGAGAACCUCUUCUGCGCCAUCUUCCUCGGUGGCAUCUGGGACGCCAUUGGCAGAGCACUCACGGCUGGCCGAGGAGGCGAGGGAAAGGGAGAUACAUCUAAAAACGGGAAGACCGAGGCUACCAAGAAGAAAGAUUGAUGACGCGUUUUGCCUGGCCUUGGAACCUGGUUGUACGAGACAGCGUCAACUAUGCGUGGGGACUUGAGCACAACUGCUUCGAAAGCCAACCCUUCAAGAUACGAUGCACACAUCAUCCUUAUAUUCAACAUCCCAUUUUAGAAUCAUAGACUGGACCUGUCAGAGACAAUGAAGGAACAUGUGGAAAGCCUCUUCUUUUUUUUUUUUUUUUUAUCUAUACAGUUAUCAAUAUUGUAUUUCAUGUCAUCCUAUGGACGCACAGCAUAUCAGUGCUGCCCUCUUGUAAGAGGUGGUGCAAAUUUUUUUUUUUAGACUCGUAAACCGCAGUGUGCCAUUAAGAUUAGAUCGGAAAUUCUAGUUUCGAGAUUGACACUGCUUCAUCUUACACCCUCACUCCAAAAUUAUUUUGUAAAUUUCUCAUCCAUUUUUAAGUCCUUUUAAAAUGAAACGAAGCGAAGUCGUAACGAAUGAAAGACUACAAACGACCUUUACCUGCACGCAGCACAAUGUGCAGUUACGUUUUGUGUUUGAGUAUUGAGUACCAGGAAGAUGCUCCAUGCAAUGUAUACCUUCUUCCUAUGCCUAACAAUAUCAGAAAGGAAAGUAUUCUCCUUGAACAGUUGGCGACUACGAUUUGCUGGUUGUCUGUAACACAAUUUUAUAUUGCAGAGGAGUCUUAACAGAACACCGGCGUAGACUCGUAAAAUGAGCCAGCAACUAUGUGCAGGUACCUUAUCGAAGCUCAAGGUGUGCCUGAAUACUCUAGCAGACGGCCACGUCCUCCGUGGAAAUGACAGUACUGCUGCCAUCUGGUGUGUACUGUGAUCAUAAUAUACCCUUUUUUUGGUACACUGCAUAAAUCCGAUGGGCGAAAUACAGGAGAAAAAAAAAGGGUUACAUAUGUGCAUCAUUGUUGAUCCAACCAAUCUUGUCAGAUUGCUGCAAACAGUUGCCAUGCGCCUUUGCAAGCACUGAGCAGACGACAGAACUGGAACUGACAAGAUGAGGCUUUUGUCUUUCACAGUAUUCUGGCACACACUUGCAGUUUCAUCAUUUUUUUACUGCGCAACUUUUUUUUUUUUAUCCAGGACCGCUGUCAUGAUUGCGUAUUUGUUUUCUUUCUACACUAGUCAUUUUAGCGAGCAUCGUCAUUGGACGAGACAAAAAAAUGGUGUGGUUCCCCAGAAACGAAACAUUUUUGGCCAGUGAGAGCCAGCUAGUCCCUCCACUUUGAUUCAUGUGAUCUGCAAAGGAUUGUUUUCCUGUCAUAUCAAGAAAGCACGGACACUGUAAUAUCUACGCCAAUAAAAAGAGUCAUUUACA